GGCGGCCGGGAAGCGGAACCCAGGCGCGCGCGCGCCCCUGCUUCUGGCCGGGCGCGGGUCCUGGUGCACCACGGGCGCGCCGCACCGGCCGUAAUGGAGGAAGGCGGUGAUUCCGAGCCGGUCCCCGGCUGCAGCGGGCUGGGGCCGGGCGGCGUUCGAGGUGGCAGCGGCGCUCACUCGUGGGCCCCCGAGGACGCCUGGAUGGGUUCCCACCCUAAGUAUUUAGAAAUGAUGGAAUUAGCUAUAGGAGAUGCCAGCCAAGUUUAUGUAGCAUUUUUGGUUUACCUGGACCUCAUGGAGAGUAAAAGUUGGCAUGAAGUGAACUGUGUGGGAUUACCAGAACUCCAGCUCAUCUGCCUUGUGGGCACUGAGAUAGAAGGGGAAGGGUUACAGACUGUGGUGCCAACCUCUAUUACUGCUUCCUUCAGCCAUAACAGGAUAAGGGAGAUCUUGAAGGCAUCACAAAAAUUGCAAGGUGAUCCUGAUUUGCCGAUGUCUUUUAUUUUGGCCAUAGUGGAAUCUGAUUCUACAAUAGUCUAUUAUAAACUUACGGAUGGAUUUAUGCUGCCAGACCCUCAGAAUAUUUCCCUUAGAAGAUGACCUCUAUACUUCCUGAUGCAUAUUUUAUUCAUACAAGAUUGGAUUUGAGACUGAUUGGCCUGCUUCAUCUUUUAUUCCAGAGAUGACUAAUCAGCGUUGACUUAGAUUGUUUAGGUUGACUAGUCAAGGUUGACAUUCCAAUUGCAGAAUUUUUUUUUUCUUCAGAAUAAAACUUCCCCAGAUAGAAGAAAUUUUUUCUUCAAAAAUACAGGGUAGUUGCUCGUAGAACUUUCUUAUCUAGAGACAGUUUAAUUGUAGUUGUACGCGGUUAUACCUAGGAUAUGUUCAGAGGGGUGGACCCAUGUGUUGCUCUGUCAUCCCACACUCGUGUGGAUUCUGUCCAUUACUGCCACUGCUAGCUCAUGUGGAGACUGCCUCCUCUUUCUCGUACUCAACUCCCAGGGCCUUUUGGCCACUACGGCUAGCUUGGAAUAGUAUUUCAUGUAUACCUUGACACCUGGAGAAUUUAUCUCUGUUUGUUUUUGUUUUUGUUUUAAAUCACCAAUAAAAAGUAAAAGAAUUCUUUGAUUUAGUCUUCCUUUUACAAUUACUGUUAUUUCUCUCUUUGGUUGACUUUGUAUCAAAACUAAAAAUAUGUUCAUUCAGGGUAUAAACUUCCAUGUCUACAUUAAUAGGGACCCAGAGAAGUGCUACCUAUAAGAAUAUUGGGUCUUCCUUUAUUAUUAUUAUCCUUAUACUUCCUUCCCUUAUUAUCACCACUACCUUUUUUAUAGCUAGAAUAUUACAAGAGAGAUAGGGUGGGACAAUGUCAGCCUUAAAAUGUCUUUAUUAAUUUGACCCAGUUUUCCACUUUUGUUAAUAUCUUCCAAUUAAGUUGUCCAAAGUAUGAAAAAUUAUAUGCACAAAGAUGUUCCAAGUGGCAUUACUUUUUUUUUUUUUUUGGCCAGGGCUGAGUUUGAACCCACCACCUCCAGCAUAUGGGGCCGGUGCCCUACCCCUUUGAGCCAUAGGCACCGCCCCAAGUGGCAUUACUUUUAAUAGCCCAAAUUAUAAAGCACUUAAAAGUUUAGGGGAGGGGUCAGCAAAUUUUUUUUAUAAAGGGACAAAAAGUAUAUAUUUUAGGCUUUUCAGGUCUUUACUGUCGCUGUUAUUAUUUGUUAACACGCUGUUUGUAGCACAAAAGCAGCCAUAAACAGUAUGUAAACAAAUGGCCAUGGCUGUGUUCCAAUAAAACUUUAUUUACAAAUAUGGAGCCAUAAUUUGCCAUCACCUGGUCUAGGAAAUAGUUACUAAACAGAAAUCUAUGAAUGGUACAACAUAUACUCCUGAAAAAUUAGUAAUGAAUACAUUAAAUACAUGAGAAAAUGUUACAUUAAGUAUAAACUGCAAGAUAUAAUUAAAGUGUAUGAAUGCAUAUAAUCAUGGCUACAAAUAACACAUCAUGCAUGUAAUAAAAAGAUGAUAAAGUAACUCAAAUUACUAACUGGUUAUAGUAGGUUGGCAGGGGAGUAAAUGGAUGACUGUCUUUCCUCAUUAUUUCAGUUCUUGUUUGUAUUACUUUUAUAAUAAAACAUCUUAAAAUGUAUCUUGAAAUUUAUAUUAGUUAUCUAUCAUUACAUGAUAAUAUUUUACAAACUUAUAGCACACAGUUGUUAUCUCAUAGUUUUUGUGUGUAAGGAGUCUGGGCACAAGUCGAAUCCUCUGUAAGGCUGCAGUCUUAUCUGAGGCUUCACUGGGGCAGGGUUUUGUUCCUCACUCAUAGUCUCAGUUCCUUGAGAGGGCUCCAGGCUGUUGGCAGGAGGCCACAUUUAGCUCUUUGCCACAAGGGCCUUCCCAACAUAACUGGUUGCUUUCCAAAGCCAGCAAGGGAGAGGAUCUUAGUAAGAUGGACCUUAUAAUCUUAUUUAAUGUAAUCAUGUGCACCUUGUCACUUUUGCCAUAUUCUGUUGUUAGAAGCAAGUUACAGGUCCUGCCUACAGACUAUGGUUUCAUGGCUGAUUAGGAAACAACAAUAUAAGAAUGGGAAAAAUGACAAAAAGUAACAUUACAAAGCGGCAGAAUGCAUCAUUCUUAGGCUGUAGUCAUUCCUGACUCCUUUGAUAGUAUUUAAAUUUUACUUUUAUUCUUGAGGGAAGGUCUGUAAUUCCUUCAGGCUUCCUCUGCUUCUCUAGAAGACUUGAAGAUGUACCUAUUCAGAACAAUAUGGCUUCAGUGACUCUGGUGACCAAUUUUCAGACCUAAGAAUCCUAAAACAGUUCAUGACAAAGACUUAGGGACUCUUGAUUUCUUAAGGUCUCUCGUCUGAUUCAUUUUAAGGCCUUUCAUCAUAGUGCUAGACAAACAGUGUUUUCAGUAAGAAAUGUAAGACUUAAUGAGAGUCGGACUUGUGUGUCUGAUCUGGUAACUGGCAGGCUCCUAAAUGACUACAAAACCCAAAACCAGAACUGUCUUUUUGGAGUUGACCGUGAAAGUUGCUUUCUCAAAUCUUUAAAACUAGGACUCAAUCUCUGUCUAUACUAUGAUGUUUAUUUCAGAAUGUUCCCUCUGUACUAGACCAAAGUGGUGUCCAAAGCCGGCCAGAUACCUGCUAACAUGAAUAUUAAUUAUUGAGAACAAUUUGGAAAGGGAGGCACCCUGUCUAUGUAUGUCUCAUUUUAGUGAAAAAUUUAGUAAAG